GGGAUCGGGGCUCUCAAUGAGUUCGACUUCUCUCUGACACCUCUUCUAACAUGUUCGGGUUUCUUCAUAAUGUACUUGGUGGAAGAACUGGUUCACACGUACAUUCACUACCGAGAGAGGAAGAACGGACAGGUGGCGCCACUAGUCAGGAACUUGAGUGUUCGUCAGAGCCGCAGCGGAGUCAGCAAUGGAGAGAAGAGCGUUAACAAUUCGACUGCAGAUCUAGUUGAGCCAAAAAAGGACAUUGAAAGCCAUCAUCACCACCACAAUGGACACGGACACUCACACCACCACAGCCAUAUGCCAAUGAACGUGGGUGAUGACGUAACUGCUGCUCUAAGAGGAUUACUCAUUGUGCUUGCUCUGUCUAUCCACGAACUGUUCGAGGGUUUGGCAGUCGGUCUAGAAUCCAGCACUUCUCACGUCUGGUAUAUGUUAGGAGCUGUUUCAGCCCAUAAGCUCGUCAUUGCCUUCUGUAUUGGUGUGGAACUGAUCGCUACACGUACCAAGACUGUGCUGAUGAUUGUGUACAUCACAACUUUCGCCAUUGUUUCGCCCUUGGGUAUCGGAAUUGGUUUGCUGUUAGUGGGAGGUGAAGGUGCUACUGCUGCCGGUAUCUCGUCUGUGGUUCUCCAGGGUCUGGCAUCAGGAACUCUGCUCUACGUUAUCUUCUUUGAAAUCUGGAAAGGCGACAGAUCCGGCAUCUUGCAGUUCAUCGCUUCCAUAGUCGGGUUCUUCAUCAUGUUCGGUCUACAGUUGUUAACUGGUCACUCACACUCACACUCCCACGGCGACCAUGGUCACAGCCACGACAGGAAAUAAGUACAAUGAGUUCAAUGACCCAGACCAUGCCAACAUUUUCUACGACAAUUUAAAAUGUGAACCAAGUACUUAAUCUUACUAAGUAAAUGACAAUCAUUCUAUUUGUGAUAAAUUAUCAAGUGUAAAUUUUAGUUUUAAGAUAGUCUAAACUUAUUUUUUAUGUAAUUAUUAUGUAAGAAAAUAAUACUGACGAAGUUACAGGAGCUCUAAAAGAGAAAAUAUCGUUAAUUUCGGAUACUCGCCUUAUAAGUAAUUAGUGUUGCCAUUAGUUGCUACUUUUUCAUUUUAGUAUGAUGACAAGACAAGGAGAUGCCUAUUACUUACAUUAAAUAUUAAAACUAUUAUUUAUAUCAACUAGCGAGAUUCCGAAACAAACGAACUUUCUAGUCAUCAGCUACAUAAUAAUGAUAUUAUUAUUGUCUUACAUUUAAUUUUAAUUUUAUUGCAUACCUAAUUGUAUUGCGGGACUUUAAAAAUUAUCUAUCUGGCUGCAGGGAAUUUUAACGAAUGUUCAAAUAAAAUGCCACCGUGCCACGUGCCGGUUAAAAACCAUGCACUGCAUGUAUUUUGACUAGACUUAGUCUUAAAGAUUUACCUAGCUAUUUUAGCUUAUUUAAUUUAUAUUACCUAACCAUUUCACGUUUGGGACAAACUUAUCCAAUUAAACUUUAUAAAUUAUUUCGUGUAGACCAUUCUUCCAUGUCUAUGGAACAUUAUCAUAUAAAUUGACUUUAUGACUAGGUACCUAAACAUAAUCUGAUAAUACUUAUGUCAUACAUGUAGGUAGGCACACAUUUUCAUACUUAAGUCCAAGAAGUAUUGAAACAACUUGUCUUUUAGUUUUGGACGCCUUUCUGUCUGUGAUAUUAUGGAAGCAGGAAGCAGAGAAUUGGAUGAGCCAUACAUACUAACCUAGAUUUUAAUAAAUAAAUACAUAAGUAGGUAAUUAUUAUAAUUAAAGUACAAAGUAUAUGGAAAUGACCAUUAAGGUGCUUAGGUACCUACUUAAUUCGACAUUCCUGUACCUAAGUGCCUAACUAAAUAAUUUACCUACAAUAUGUCUGUGUUGUUUUUUAUACCUUAUUGUUAAAUAAAUACAUAGGUGUCAUUAAUGAGGAUUGGUACCGACCAGCUAUGUACUACAUACAGUUCUGUAGGUACAUUAAUUUAAUGUGAUCCGAUUUUAUAAAAGUUUGUAUAAUAAAAUCAUAAAAUAUUUAA